AUGGCGAGAGGGAGAGAAAAGAGUCACUUUACAGGGGAGACACCUGACAACUACUACUUCAUCCAGGAGGUCAAGGUCAACAUCAACGGUCGCAUGGUUGCAUGGGUUGCAGGUUGCAUGGUUGCAUGGGUUGCUGAGAAAAACAUGACUCCCACAGACACUGGAUGGAACAACACUCAGAGAACAGACAGAGCAAGAUCAGCCUUGAUAGCGAGUAUCUCCAAACCCAACAUCAUUUUGCCCGCAUCCCUUGUCACUCGCUUCUCCGUGGCCCAGCCAUCUUCUGAGUUACAUUCGCAACCUUCAGAAUCAGCCACUCAGCUACCCUUGGUCACCGGGACCAGCCAACACCACUUUUUGAGCUUAACUGCUUUCUACCGAUCAACCACGAGUUUCCAGAUUCGUCAGAAUUAUCCCACUGAGGUGGAGGCUACUGUCAACCCCCUGGCCGACACGCAUCUGCGGGCCUCCUACACCUCCCUCUCUCUGAGCUUCUAUUUCGACUGUGACAACGUGGCCCUGGAGGGCAUGGGCCACUUCUUCCGUGAAUUGGCCAAGGAGAAGUGCGACGGAGCCAAGCAUCUCCUGAAAACACAAAACCAGCGUGGCGGCCGUGCCCUCUUCCAGAACGUGCGGAAGCCAUCUCCAGAUGAGUGGAGUAAAACCCAGGAUGCUAUGGAAGCUGCCGUGCUCGUGGAGGAGAACGUGAACCAGGUGUGUGCCCUGGGUUCUGCCCGCGCAGACCGCCUCUGUGACUUCCUGGAGAGCCUUGUCCUAGAUGAGCAGGUGAAACUCAUCAAGAAGAUGGGUGACCACCUGACCAACCUCCAAAGGCCGGCUGGUCCCCAGGCUGGGCUGGGUGGGUCUCUCUUGGAAAGGCUCACCCUCCAGCACGAGUAG